GAUAAAACUCUUAAUCCUUGCAAGAAUUACCCUAAUUAUCUACAAAAUUCCCGCGAAUUUCUAACCGAGAAACCCUUUCACUAAAAAGACUUCAGUUCGACAAUCCAACUCCGAAUUCAGAAACCCAUUUGCGAAAAAUGAUCAGAGACGAUCUCUCAGACUCUGACACUCAAGAAUACGAUUCAAAUUCCAGUUCGGAAGACCUCGAAACCCCAAACAAUGGAGACACCCAGAAGAUGUCAGAGUAUGAGAAGCAGAGGAUGAAGAGGAUGGAAAGUAACAGAGCAAGAAUGGAGGCUUUGGGGCUGCAAAAGAUGGCUUCUUCGUUAAUGGGUUCGGUGAAGAAGACCGAACCGAAAGGGAAGGCAAAGAUCGUUGAGGAAGAUGAGGAGUAUAAGCCUCCUGAGAUGGAUGAGGGGUUGAGCUCUUCAAGCGAUGAUGAAGAGUUUGUCGCUAUUUUUAUCUUAGCAGGAUGCUCUUUUCACUUUUUUGCCACCAUUAUAAUUGUAAAGAAAAAAAAUUUAACGCCUAAGAGUAAAGUCCCUGCCCAGAAGCUUAUGAGCGACUCAGAUUUUGUUGAUGACGAUGAGGCUUUAAUGCAAGCAAUUGCUCUUUCACUAAAAGAUUCUGUAGAGUGUUCAGAUGUCGGGUGCAGUGGAAUUUCUCAAAGUGCUGAUUUGCAUUUGACUGAUGGUAUGAUUAAUGAAAGAAAGGGAAAAGCCCUGAGUCAGGAAGACACAAGAAAGAGGAAGAGAAAAAAACCGGUUACUAGUCGAGUGCAAAUGACUGAGGAUGAGUUGGUUCUACACUUCUUUCAAUUUGAUGAAUCAGGGAAAGGGGGCAUAUCUCUUCGAGACUUAAAAAGAGUAGCAGCCGCUCAUGAUUUUACAUGGAAAGACAAUGAGAUGGUUGAUAUGAUCUAUUGCUUUGAUAGCAAUGGGGAUGGAAAGCUGAGCCUUGAUGAUUUUCGGAAGAUUGUUGGUCAAUGCAACAUGAUACAAGUUUCCGAAAAUUCUGUGAUAGGUUCAAAGGCACGAUAGCUCGCAAAACCUGGACUCUGGAAAACGUUUGUACGUUGCUAACCUCUUAUUCUCCUCCUAUCUCUGAGUUCUUGAAUUGAGGAGUUAAAGAUGGUUCUUCUCUACGAUGGCAGGCAUCUGUGUCAUCCUGGUAUGCUGAGGGGCAAAGAAUCUUGUAUUAUUAUUUUUGUUUGUUUGUUCAAAGAAAGUAAAAUGGAACUGUGGUUUUUUUAAAUCUUUGUAUGAUUUGUGAGUUUAGUUUUGUCGAAGAAUAUUUGCUUGUUAGCUUCAUAGAUCACGUUAGUUGGAUUUGAGAUUAAAAGCA